AUGGAAGAUUUGGUUAAUUUACUUGGAUUAUUUGAAAAAGCUACUACUUUUUUAAGUGGUAAAGUUAUGGAUCUCACUACAGAAACAACUAUAUUAGAUGAUGAAAAUAAUGAUGAGCAAGAACUUAUUGAAUAA